UUCCGACCCCCCACAGCUACUUUCGCAAAACAAUCCAUUCAAUCUUCCGUCUUUUAAAAAUUUAAAUUCAUGAUAGGUAGUCUUAGCAACGCGAUAAGACACUAUAAUUUAUACCAAGUGACUUUUAGAAACAUAUGUUAUUAUUAUUCAUUCAUGUAUAUAUAUAUCAGUCAACAUAUACCAGUUAGUUAACCGCACGCAACGUUAUCUAAUUAUACAAUGCUACUCACAGCAGGUGCGCACCGCGAUCAUUGGGUAAAUUUGUGCGCAUCAUAUGGCUUCAAUCACGUGAUACAGCGCAUGCGUCCGCCUUUUAGUACACACCCUCUCGUGCACACGUGAGUAAUUGUAAAGUUUGUUUUUAAGGUUAGAUGCGGUAGUUUAAUUAAACUUUGACCAAGUUUUUCAAUAUUUUACUAUUAAAUUUAUGCUUGUACAAGUGUAUAACUUUUUAUGGUUUACAAAUAUAUAUUUGAAAUAUAUUGUUAUGGAUUAAAAUUUCGUUUUUGGAGCACUUAGAGUCAUUAAAAAUGUAUUGAUUUAUUUCAAUUGUUAAAUACAACCUUGACAGUAAAUCGUAUUAAAUGAUUAUUUAAAUUGAAAUGAAAAUAUUAUCUGAUUGGUCAUAAAACUUUAAUUACAUAAUAAAGGCAUUUUAGUUUAUUACUAUCUGACCACUGCGUAAUAUAACUUCAAAAGUACGUGGUCUUUGGUGUUCACGUCAAAUUAGCUGCGAACUUGUAAUCACAUGUUGGGGAUGGACCCAUUAUUUGCAUACGUCUAAAGGUUGACAAUUGAAGGGUAUUCAAUAUGUUCACUUAUUGUAUUGAGAGUAUAUUAUUCAGGAAAUCGGGGAUUAUCUGUAACUUCAGCACAAUCCGAAGUGUUGGUACAAUAUUUGCAAAUCACUCCAAAUCUCGUCAAUCGUUGAACAAAAGUUUCAAGUCUUAUCUAAAGCUCGUGAAUCAUGUGUGUAUUGACGAUACACCACAAAGAAGCUUUGUAUCAAAUAGUAUGAAUACAAAUGCUAAAAUUAGCCAAAGUUCUAUUCUCAAAGGUCCAUUAAAAAGGAGACCUCCGAAGAAAAAAAAACUUUUAACAAAUGAAACAGAAGCUUCACAACCUGGGUUCUGGACUGUUAGAGCUCUAUCGACGGCUGAGGAAUAUCAAUUAGAAGCUCUUUUGACUGGACUUAUUCAACAAAACUUAUAUACACCUAAGCCGAUAAACACAUCAGGAAAAUCUUUGCCAGAUGUAAUCCACGCAGUAGCAAAAUAUGAAGUGGAGAGUGAGCCUAGAGAGAUGUAUUUUUUUCGAACAGGAACGGUUGUCAUGUGGAACACACCAGAACCUGAGAGUGGGAAUAUUUUAAAAUUUCUUAAAAAUUACGAAGAAGAUAGUUAUAAUUCAUCACUAAUUCAAGAAGAAAGUGAAAUAAUGUCUUAUACUUAUACAGAAUCUGGGAAAAGAAGCCAUCUGAAAGAUGGAGAUAUUUACUUGGCUUCUGAGGGAACGAGUCUGGAUAAAUAUACACUCUCAAACGCCAUAUCCCAAUCUGUAAAGCUGGGAAUUUGGGAGGCAUCUCUGGACCACUACAUUGAAUCAAUAGAGUUUGUUACAGAAGAUCUGAAAGCAGGAAGAAAAAUAAAAAUGUCACGGCAGAAAGUGCUCAGAAAGCAGGGAGAGCUUCUUGCCCUCAGGCAUCUUAUCAAUCUUCGUUCAGAUUUACUUGAUACACCAGAUUUUUAUUGGGAACGCGAUGAGCUUGAAAGUCUUUAUCAACAGACUUGUGGAUAUUUUUCUAUAACGAAAAGAACAAGGGUUAUGAAUGAGAAAAUAAAUCAUUGUGUCGAAUUAGUUGAACUAUUAUCAUCACACUUGAGUGAUCGACAUCACGUGCGAUUGGAGUGGAUGAUCAUUAUUCUGAUUUUGGUUGAAGUUUGUUUUGAAUUAGUUCAUUAUUUGGAUCGAUACCUUGAAAAGCAGGAAAUCAAAGAAUCUACUGAGCUAAGUACAUCAUGAGUACGUGACUGUAUUUAACUAUUAUACGAUUGAUAGUGACAAUUACUUUUUUUUUAAUUAGAUAAUAAAUCUUUUUUAUUGCUUUCUAAGUUUCUACUGUAAACUAUUUGCAUAUAACGUUGUUCAAAAUCGUCAGAAAUAUACCGGAGUAAUGGAAUGUAAAAUUGAUUUGUACCUUCCAUUGAAUAAAUGUAAUUUUGCCCCCUUUUUUUACGCGAUCAAUAUAACAGACACGUACGACAAUAUUUUCACUUUCAAAUAUUUAUUCGCAAUUUAAAGUAAAGUACAGAAAAAUUUUUUCUUCUGUAGUAAUUUGUGUAACUUAAUGAAGUUUUUAUGUAGAUUGAAGAAAGGGGAACCAUUGAUUUUUACUUUUUUUUUAUCAAAGUAGUAUAGCUCAAAGCUUUAAAAGAACAUUGGUAAUUGCGUACUAAUUAGAUGCUAUGCAUUAAAACAAAGUAAAAGCAUUGUAUUAAUGUUGCCUAAAUAUUCUGAAAAUGAUUAUAUUCAAUGGAAUCAUUUUUUUUUAAUUCUUGUGAUGCUAGAAUUUACUGUAUGUAGAUAUUUUUAUACAAAGAAUAUAUGAUAUUUUAUAUCGAUGGUUUUUUUUGUAUUUUUGUUAUACUUCAAUUGUAUAAGUUUAUGAUGUUAUCAUAGUAUUAUGAAAGUGAGCUCAAU